AUGAGCACCUUCCAUCCCUUUCCCCGCCUACCAACCGAACUCCGCCUUCAAAUAUGGGAAAUGACGGUCGAGCCGCGUACUGUGGAAAUCUGCAUACGCUUCACUGAUUUCCCAUCAACGCCUCUUGCUGAUGGGAAGCAAAAGCGGCCUCCGCGCCAGAUGUCCACUGUUCAGUCUCCGACGCCUGUGCCAGGCCCGCUUCAGGCGUGCCGCGAAGCACGAUAUCACGGAUUUCUGUCGCGCACGAUCCCACGUCUCAAGUUCGCAAAGCACUCGCGCAAAGGAGAUAGACAACCACGGACGGGUCAGGAAUUCGAGCAUUUGCCAUGUUUCGUUAAAUUGAAAGAUGUUUAUGUGGAUAUUGGGGAUCAUGAAUUUGAGUACUGGUAG